AUGGUGCCAGUAGUCAGCACUGUCAGCACACGAGCAGGUCACACAGACAGCCAACCUAUGGGCUGGGCACUCAAGCCACGUGUUACACGGAGGACUAGGUUCACGGCAAACCAAAAGUCGUAUCUAACUACAAAGUUUAAGCUUGGAGAGCAGACCGGAAGUAAGGCAGAUCCUGCAGCUGUUGCGAGAUCAAUGAUGUGGGCAAAGGAUGCAACUGGAGAUAGAUUGUUUUCAAGCGACGAGUUUCUUACAGCAACUCAAAUAGCUGGCUUCUUCUCACGCCUUGCUUCAAAGAAAACCCUCGAGAAUGACGAUCAGGAAGGUGUAGAGGUCGCCGCACAUGAGGCCUGUCUAGAAAGUAUUGUUAAUGAGGCUGCGAGUGAGAUUGCGCCUAAACAUCCUAUUGUCAAUGACGCCUAUAAUCUUUGUGAAAUGGUGUCCCAAAAGAAGCUGAAUGAAUUUUCCAUUACAGUUUUAAAGGACAUUUGCACUUCCCUUGGUAUUGACACUGCAGGCAUAACGGUUCGACGCAAGAAGCCGUACAUCGACAAAAUACAAUCGCUUUGUCAGGAAUGCGCAUGUCAACAGUGA